AUGCCGGUCGCCAUUGUCACAGGUAAUCGAAAGUGAAAGUGAUUGAUUAGAACGUUUCGACAGGCGCGAGUUCGGGAAUCGGCCGCGCCGCAGCUCUUCUUCUCGCCAGAAACAACUACAAAUUGUCGUUGACCGGAAGGAACGUGGCGGCUCUCAAUGAGCUCGCGGGGCAGAUUGUCAGCGCGGGAAGCGACAAGAACGAUGUGCUCGUGACUGCCGUCGAGUUGGCCGCCGAAGAGGCGCCAAAAACGAUCGUGGAUGCGACCGUUCAGAAGUUUGGAAGAAUUGACACCUUGGUGGGAUCUUGAAGUCCGAAUUCCUGAUGAAUGCUUCCUUGCUUCCCCUUUAGAUUAAUUCGGCGGGAAUUCUGCGCGCGGGACCGGUGCUCGAGUCGGGAAUUGAAGUGUUCGAUGAGCUGAUGAACGUGAAUGUGCGCAGUCUGGUUCGUCUCACUCGGGCCGCCCUUCCGCACAUAAUCUCCACGAAGGGGACCGUCGUCAAUGUGAGCAGUAUCAACGGACCGUGUCCGGUGAGUGUCAUCCAUAAUUUCUUCCCGUUUAUCCGUUAAUUCAGUUCCCGAACGUCACCUACUAUUGCAUGACCAAAUCGGCAGUCGACCAGUUCACCAAGUGUUUGGCCCUCGAAAUGGCUCCGAACGGAGUCCGUGUCAAUGCUGUCUGGUAGGCCCAAUUAAAAUUUUAAAUAUUUGCAAUCAUUCAUUCAAAAAAUGCCAUUUCAGUCCAGGGGUCACCGUCACCAACCUGCACCGCACAUCAGGCCAAGACGACGUCACCUACAGCGCGGUAAGACGACCUUGAUGCGCCGUCGAUGCCUUUAUAAACAGUGUCUCUUCAGUUUUUGGAGCGCAGCAAGACGACGCACGCACUCGGCCGGCCGGGAAAUGCGGACGAAGUGGCCGAGGCGAUUCUGUUUCUGGCAUCCGAGAGGAGCUCCUUCACCACCGGAGAGCUACUCCGAGUUGACGGAGGACGAGGAAUCAUGCAUCCGCGCUGA